AUGAUAUUCAAGGCUAAGGUUCCUUUGUUUUUGUUCCUUUCAUUUCUUUUUCUAGCCUCAGUGCCUUUUACUCUGAGUCAUAAGUCUGAGAACUCGAGGUACGAGCAGGAGUCAUGUGUGGAUAAGUGUCAAAUGCAUUAUGUUGACCUGGACCAAUACGUUCAAUGUUUGUUGAAGUGCCAGAUGGGUCAGAGGGAAGGAGGUCGUGAUCGUUGCAAAGAAGAAGGUGAUCAAAGAGUGCCGCUAGAGUGUCUGCAACGCUGCGUAGAGCAACAACAACAACAAGGCAGAGGAAUGGGACAAGAGGAAAACCCACACAGAGAAAGCAGAGGCAGCGAGGAGAUGCAAUCACAAAGGAAUAAUCUUUACUACUUUCACUCACAAAGAUUGCAGUCACAUUUCAAAUCCGAACAUGGUCACACUAGAUAUCUUGAGAGGUUCACAGAAAAAUCUGACCUUCUUCGUGGCAUUGAGAAUUAUCGCUUUACCGUUUUCGAAGCAAAUCCUAACACCUUUGUUCUCCCACACCACAUCGAUGCAGAAGCUGUUCUUGUUGUCGUAAAUGGAAAGGCAAUUAUCAAGGUUGUGCAGAAAAACAGAAUAGAAUCCUUCAACCUUGAGUGUACAGAUGCGUUUAGGUUACCUGCAGGGACUACUGUUUAUAUAAUUAACCGAGACAACAACGAAAGGCUAGAAAUUGUGAAGCUCAUCCAGCCGGUCAACAAUCCUGGCCAAUUUAGGGGAUACUAUGUUGCUGGUGCUCAAAAUUCUGAAUCAUAUUUAAGGGCAUUCAGCAAUGAAAUUCUCGAGGCUUCUCUAAAUACCAACAGAGAUCAGUUGCAAAACUUCUUUAGACAACAGAAGGACAAUGAUGGCCACAUAGUCAAAGCCUCACAAGAGAAGAUCAUGGCAUUAAGUCAACAUGCCAUGUCUAGCAGCAGGAGAGGUCGCUCCUCUGGGGCUCCGAUUAGUUUGCAAAGACAAAGGCCUUUAUACUCAAACCAGUUUGGACGGUUUUUUGAGGCUUCCCCUGAGGAGCAUAGGCAACUGAAAGACAUGGAUGUCUUGGUCGAUUAUGCUGAAAUCAAACGAGGAGCUAUGAUUGUGCCCCACUACAACUCAAGGGCCACAGUUAUUGUGUAUGUGGCAGAUGGAACUGGGAGCUUUGAAAUGGCUUGCCCACAUCUUUCAACGCAAGGCCAAGAAUACCAGGACAGAAGAGAGCAAGAGGAAGAAGAGAGUGGUGGACAAUAUCACCGCGUCACUGCUCGAUUAUCGCGUGGAGAUACUUUUAUUAUCCCGGCAGGUCAUCCAGUUGCUGUCAUUGCCUCUCAAAAUGAGGACUUGCGCUUAAUUGGGUUUGGUGUCAAUGCCGAGAACAACCAAAGGAACUUCCUUGCAGGGCAAGACAACAUAAUUAACCAGUUGGAGAGAGAGGCAAAGGAGCUUGCCUUCAAUAUGCCUGCAGAGGAGAUAGACCAAUUGUUCAGAAAAAACCCGACUGAGUCUUACUUUAUGCCUAUAGAUAGGCAAAGUGAUGAACGAAGACAAGGGAGAGACCAACUAUUGACAUCAAUUUUGGACUUUGCAGCUAUCUUCUAAGUAGUAACGGAAAUCAAGUCAGUGGA